AUGACCAAAAUAAAGUUAGAGAUACUCAUUAUUCCAUUGAAUUAUGCAAAUAAACCAACUAGCCAGAUAGAUCGAUCACUUUGUAAACGUUUUUUACAUUUAGAAGAUCCAGCAAUUGAUCUUAAAGAAGUUAAACAACAAGUUGAAACUAGAUACAAAAAAUUAUAUCCAAAUGAAGAUAAACUCGAGAUUGAAGGAUUUCAAGAUACAGAUCUUUGCGAUUUAGAUCCUGAUUAUUGUCUUUCUGAUGUCUUUAAGUCAGGUGAUAUUUUAAGAGUUACUGUGAGAAAUCAAUUUAGAAGCACUAGCUUAUGGGUAUCUAAGGGACGUUUGCAAGGUACACAGAGCCCACGAUUGCUUCGGAAUGCAUCAAUUGUUACUGGUAGUCGCAAGCGAGGUAAUGAAUGUCUUGAUAAUAGCGAUACCAAUGAUUCUGUUAACCAAUCAAAGACAAAUACAACUACAGUGUUGCCACAGCCCAAAGAACACGUAUCUUGUUCUGGACCACUUUUCAAACCUCAGAGAACAGAUGCUAUAAUCGUUCCGGAAAAGAAGCAUCGAGUGCCUUCAUCUUCUCCCAGUGAUAGGGGGAAUGGCAAGACAAUGGCAUCAGACACUGUAUCUAUCCCUGCCCAAGGCCAACUAGCACGAAAUCGAAACCUCAGAAGGAGGGGAAGACGUCGAAAUACCACGUACAGUUCAAAAUUACAAAGCUUAGCCUCGGGUUCCUCUUCCCAUUUACUUAGCAACAAUAGAGGAACUUCCAAGGCAGGUCGUAUAUCAGCAGUACAUCCAGAUUCCAGUAACAUUAAAGAAGUUAUUGUUGUCUUAAGUGAAAGUGAAGAAAGCAUGCUGCAUUCCGACUCCGAUAAUGCUGGUAAAAUUGACUCAGUGGAAUCUUGUUCUCCUGGAAUCAAACGUGUUCAUUCAAAGAUUGAAGAAUCAAACCAAUCUCGUCCUAAAACAAAACCUGGAAAAGUUAUACGAACGAAAGAUAGCAGAGACCACAUUCAGAAACCUGAGAUACCCAGUCUGUUCAGACCGAAAACUUCUGAGAGAAGUUCAAAACACAACGAGCCUAAUACAAAACCCAACUACCUUCUGCCCAAACUGGACGCGGUUUUAAAGAAACUUAAAAUAGAUAUGCAGGAUGGUAAGGGUGAAUCGGGGCCCAGUAGACGAACAAGAAGACAGACUUCUCCCACAAUAUUGAAUGAAACUCCCCACAGGCGAGUAGCAAGGGCAGAUUCUGGCUCAUGGUACUCAUCAUCAAAAGCAACCGGCGUCAAAGACUCAGGGAAGUCACAUAUUCCAGCCGCAGAACAAAACAAAACAUAUCUGAUCUCGAGAUCCAUGAUACUGCAGAACUUAGUCUAUGAGUGA